UAACACGAGAGCCGAAUGAGCCGACCAGCCAAGAGAUUUUGGUCGUCGUCGCCGCCACCGCCGUCGUCGUUAUUUCGUUUCUGCCGCAUAAAAACAGCAGACACACGAAUCGCAUAACCUAAUCGGACGCGCGCACGUCGACAAAGGACGCAACCGAACAACCACCUGGCGGCGAACACAGUCGCGUCACGAUUCUCUUAUCGCCCACACUCUCGAGAUCGUCAACGAACGUCGUCUGACCGAGCGUUGCUCCGGCUCAAUCGUUCCCCGACUCCCGCUGCGCGUGUGCGUGAAAUAAUAUUCCUUUGUUCUCAACUUCCGCCGAUUUUCGAUUUCCCGUUGUAGUACAAAAACCGUCGACCGACAUGAAUCCGCUGUGGUGCGCGUUGUUGGUGGCCCUCGCCAAUUCCGCGGUGGCCAUAUAUCCGUCCAACUCGGACGUCAUCGAACUCACCGAUGACAAUUUCAAUCAGGUGCUCCAGAGCGUCGAAAUAUGGGUGGUCGAGUUCUACGCCCCGUGGUGCGGACACUGCCAGAGACUUGUGCCCGAAUACACGAAAGCCGCCAAAGCCUUGAAGGGUAUUGUCAAAGUGGCUGCCAUAGACGCCGAUAAGUAUCCGUCUUUCGCAGGCCGUUAUGGCGUACAAGGUUUCCCUACUGUCAAGAUAUUUGUUGACAAAAACAAACCUCAAGACUUCACUGGAGAUCGAACAGCCGUCGGUAUUACCGACGAGGUUACCAAAGCCAUAAAGAACGCAAUCAGUGCUAACCUCCAAGGUGUACCUUAUGGAUCAUCUAAAUCGUCUAAAAAAUCAUCAUCUGGUGAUGACGUUGUUGAACUGACUGAUUCAAAUUUCGAUAAACUUGUAUUGAAUUCUGAUGAUAUUUGGUUGGUUGAAUUCUUUGCCCCGUGGUGUGGACAUUGUAAAAACUUGGCUCCUCAUUGGGCAGCUGCCGCUUCAGAACUUAAAGGAAAAGUUAAACUUGGGGCAUUAGAUGCUACUGUGCACUCUUCAAAAGCUCAAGAAUUCAACAUUCGUGGAUAUCCCACAAUUAAAUUCUUCCCAUCGGGUACAUCCAGUUCAAGUGGAGCUGAGGAAUAUACUGGUGGCAGAACGUCUUCAGACAUUGUUAGCUGGGCAAUGCAAAAACAUCAAGAGAAUGUACCACCACCAGACAUAAUUGAAAUCGUAAAUGAAGAUACAUUCAAAGCUGGGUGCUCAGAGCAUGCUCUGUGUGUGGUCUCUGUACUACCCCACAUUUUAGAUUGCCAGGCCAGCUGUCGUAAUGAGUACCUGAAUACAUUACGCUCAUUAGGAGAUAAAUUCAAACAAAAACUUUGGGGAUGGCUGUGGGCCGAAGCAGGCAAGCAACCAGAAUUGGAAUCAACACUAGAAAUCGGAGGUUUUGGAUAUCCCGCUUUGGCCGUGCUGAAUGUUAAAAAAAUGAAGUACUCAAUUUUAAGAGGAUCGUUUUCGGAAGAUGGAAUUAAGGAAUUUUUAAGAGAUCUAUCUUAUGGUCGUGGUACAACUGCCCCAGUCAAAGGUGCUGCAUUACCAGAAAUUCAAGCAACCGAACCUUGGGAUGGUAAAGAUGGUGAAUUACCAACUGCCGAUGAUAUUGAUUUAUCUGAUGUCGACUUGGACGAACUUCCCAAAGAAGAAUUAUAAACACAUUUCCGGUCUCCAAUUUUUUUUUGUAUUUUAUAUUUUUUUAAGACUGAACAAGUUUUGCUAAUAAAAUGUCUAAUUGUAAUACUAACAGUCAACCUUCUGAUUUACACUUCAAUAAACUAACGUAUUAUAAUCAGAAAAUGUAUUGAUUUAAAAAAAUACACUUAUAUAAUUUAAAACUUAUUAAUUAACUAGUUGUUAAUAAUAAUCUAAAUAAUAUCUAGAUUUCCACCUAUUAAUGUGUAAUAUUCUUUUUUAUAAUAUCAGAGUUCAAUUUUUGAAGAAUGUUUUUUUAUUUAAUUUUUAUUAUUAUUUUUUAAACAUCCAUUGUAAUCAAUAGUUGAAAUUGUUUAAUGGUAUUUAUUAUAAUUAAUAAUAGUAAUAAUUUCUAAAUGGUAACUUAUUGUAUUUUAUAAUCCUUGAAAGUAACAAUGAUUGUUAAAUUGAAUUAUUCAUGGCGCACACUUACAAUAUUUAGAAUGAAAUGUAUUAGUUUGUAGAUCAGAAAUUUGCAAUAAUUUUGUCAGUAUAUUGUGUUGAGUGUAUUGGCCAAGUUGAUACUUUGUAUAAAAACAAAUUUAAUGAAGCUAUUAGAAAUAUAUAAUAACAUGGAUA